AUGGAAUUCUUCCAAAGUUGUGCGAGCUUAGACUUUCGGAUAAACUCAACUGACGAAGACUGGAUUUACCAAGAAGAGCCACACACUGCUCGUAGGAAAGAGAUUUUAAGAAAAUACCCAGAAAUUAAGAAACUAAUGGGAUAUGAUCCAUCAAUUGCUUAUAUUGUUACAGCAGAAGUCAUUGUUCAACUGUUUAUGUGUUGGUUGCUACAAGGGGCUAAUUGGAGUUCAAUUUUUAUUCUAGCCUACUGCUUAGGUGGAGUAUUGAAUCAUUCGCUCGGAAGUGCAAUACACGAAAUAGGACAUAACUUAGCCUUUGGUCAUGCAAGACCCUGGGCUAAUAGAUUGCUUAGUAUUUGGUGUAACAUUCCCAUAAUAGUACCAAUGGCUAUAAGUUAUAAGAAAUACCACGCAGACCACCAUAAAUACCUCGGAGAAGAGAAUCAAGAUGUUGAUAUUCCUACGCGCUUAGAAGGAUAUCUUUUUCGCCACCCCAUAACAAAAGUGUUAUGGCUACUUAUUCAUCCUGCAAUUCACGGAAUUCGUCCAUUCUAUAAAAGUCCAAAACCUUUGACUGCAUGGGAAAUGAUAAAUAGCGCUAUACAAAUGACCUUCAACUUAAUUAUCUUGAAAUAUUUGGGCGUUAAAUCAAUCGUUUACCUUUUAAGUGGCACUCUUUUUGGACUAGGCUUCCAUCCGCUUGCUGGACAUUUUAUUUCCGAACACUAUUUGUUCAAUAAAGGACAAGCAACACAUUCAUACUAUGGGCCUUUAAAUUUUAUUCUGUUUAAUGUUGGAUACCAUAUCGAACACCACGACUUCCCAUACAUACCAUACCAUAAAUUACCGGAAGUGAAAAGAAUUGCCGCGGAAUAUUACGACCAACCUUAUCAUACAUCAUGGUUAAAAGUCUUGUGGGAUUUCAUUUUUAACAAAGACAUGGGACCUCAUUCUCGUGGUGUUGGAUAUUUGAAAGAUGAAAAACACAUGCUGUUAUUGAGCAAGAAUGGCCACUUUUUGAAGAAGGAAUCGUAGAAUUUGAACAUUUGCAAAAUAAAAAAUUUCCAAGUGAAAUUUUCAAUCAUAUAAAGAAAGAUGAAACUCAUACAAUUGCUGCAUAUCAUUAAAUAUAUAUUGUAAUUUACUUGUCAAAGGGGAAUAUAAAAAGUAAUCAAAUA